AUGACUUCGGCAACUUCACCUAUCAUUUUGAAAUGGGACCCCAAAAGUUUGGAAAUCAGGACUUUAACAGUGGAGAGGCUGCUGGAACCACUUGUUACACAGGUGACGACCCUUGUCAACACAAGCAACAAAGGCCCGUCUGGUAAAAAGAAAGGGAGGUCUAAGAAAGCCCAUGUACUAGCUGCUUCUGUAGAGCAGGCCACUCAGAACUUCCUGGAAAAGGGGGAACAGAUUGCUAAGGAGAGCCAAGAUCUCAAGGAAGAAUUGGUUGCUGCUGUAGAGGAUGUUCGAAAACAAGGUGAGACGAUGAGGAUUGCUUCUUCGGAGUUUGCUGAUGACCCGUGCUCCUCGGUGAAGCGUGGCACUAUGGUGCGGGCAGCAAGGGCUUUGCUCUCAGCAGUUACACGCCUUCUUAUCCUGGCAGAUAUGGCGGAUGUUAUGAGACUUUUAUCACAUCUGAAAAUUGUGGAGGAGGCCCUGGAAGCCGUCAAAAACGCUACAAAUGAGCAAGACCUCGCAAAUCGCUUUAAAGAGUUUGGAAAAGAGAUGGUGAAACUUAACUACGUAGCAGCAAGGAGACAGCAGGAGCUGAAGGACCCUCACUGUCGGGAUGAGAUGGCAGCUGCCCGAGGAGCUCUCAAGAAGAAUGCCACAAUGCUGUAUACAGCCUCGCAAGCGUUUCUCCGCCACCCAGAUGUGGCUGCCACAAGAGCCAACCGAGAUUAUGUGUUCAAACAAGUCCAGGAAGCCAUUGCUGGCAUCUCCAAUGCUGCCCAAGCUACCUCGCCCACUGACGAAGCCAAAGGCCACACAGGCAUUGGUGAGCUGGCCGCGGCUCUGAAUGAGUUUGACAACAAGAUUAUCCUCGACCCCAUGACGUUCAGCGAGGCCCGGUUCCGGCCGUCCCUGGAGGAGAGGCUGGAGAGCAUCAUCAGUGGCGCGGCGCUGAUGGCCGACUCGUCCUGCACGCGCGACGACCGGCGCGAGAGGAUCGUGGCCGAGUGCAACGCGGUGCGGCAGGCGCUGCAGGACCUGCUCAGCGAGUACAUGAAUAACAAAAGAUUUGGAAAAUGGCUAGAUGAUAGCACAAAGACUGGAAGGAAAGAAAAAGGAGAUCCUCUAAACAUUGCAAUUGAUAAGAUGACCAAGAAAACAAGAGAUCUAAGGAGACAGCUUCGGAAAGCAGUGAUGGAUCACAUAUCCGAUUCUUUCUUGGAAACCAACGUCCCUUUGUUAGUUCUCAUUGAAGCUGCAAAGAGUGGGAAUGAAAAGGAAGUGAAAGAAUAUGCCCAGGUUUUCCGUGAGCAUGCCAAUAAGCUGGUGGAGGUUGCCAACUUGGCCUGUUCCAUAUCCAACAAUGAGGAAGGGGUGAAAUUAGUCCGGAUGGCAGCCACCCAGAUUGACAGUCUGUGUCCCCAGGUCAUCAAUGCUGCUCUCACACUGGCUGCCCGGCCACAAAGCAAAGUUGCUCAGGAUAACAUGGAUGUCUUCAAGGACCAGUGGGAGAAGCAGGUCCGAGUCCUGACCGAGGCCGUGGAUGACAUCACCUCGGUGGAUGAUUUCCUCUCUGUCUCAGAAAACCACAUCUUGGAGGAUGUGAACAAGUGUGUGAUAGCCCUCCAAGAGGGAGAUGUGGACACCCUGGACCGGACAGCGGGGGCCAUCAGAGGCCGGGCAGCCCGAGUCAUCCACAUCAUCAAUGCUGAGAUGGAGAACUAUGAAGCUGGGGUUUAUACUGAGAAGGUGCUAGAAGCUACAAAAUUGCUCUCUGAGACAGUGAUGCCACGCUUUGCUGAACAAGUAGAGGUUGCCAUUGAAGCCCUGAGUGCCAACGUCCCUCAGCCGUUUGAGGAGAAUGAAUUCAUCGAUGCCUCUCGCCUGGUAUAUGACGGUGUUCGGGACAUCAGAAAGGCUGUGCUGAUGAUCAGGACACCAGAAGAACUAGAGGACGAUUCUGACUUCGAACAGGAAGAUUAUGAUGUACGCAGCCGAACAAGUGUCCAGACUGAAGAUGACCAGCUCAUUGCAGGGCAGAGUGCACGGGCCAUCAUGGCGCAACUACCCCAGGAGGAGAAGGCAAAGAUAGCUGAGCAGGUGGAGAUCUUCCACCAAGAGAAAAGCAAGCUGGAUGCUGAAGUGGCUAAAUGGGAUGACAGUGGCAAUGAUAUCAUUGUAUUGGCCAAGCAGAUGUGCAUGAUCAUGAUGGAGAUGACGGACUUCACCAGAGGCAAAGGCCCAUUGAAAAACACAUCUGAUGUCAUUAAUGCUGCCAAGAAAAUUGCUGAAGCAGGUUCUCGAAUGGACAAAUUGGCCCGUGCUGUGGCUGAUCAGUGUCCUGAUUCAGCAUGUAAGCAGGAUUUAUUAGCCUACCUUCAACGAAUUGCCUUGUAUUGCCAUCAGCUCAAUAUCUGCAGCAAGGUGAAGGCAGAAGUACAGAAUCUGGGAGGAGAGCUCAUUGUAUCAGGGACAGGAGUUCAGAGCACUUUCACUACCUUUUAUGAGGUAGAUUGUGAUGUCAUAGAUGGGGGCAGGGCUAGUCAACUUUCUACCCACCUCCCAACCUGUGCUGAGGGAGCUCCGAUCGGGAGUGGAAGCAGUGAUUCCUCCAUGCUGGACAGUGCCACAUCACUCAUCCAGGCAGCUAAAAACCUGAUGAACGCCGUCGUCCUCACAGUGAAAGCAUCCUAUGUGGCUUCGACCAAAUACCAGAAGGUCUAUGGGACAGCAGCUGUCAACUCACCUGUUGUGUCUUGGAAGAUGAAGGCUCCAGAGAAGAAGCCCCUCGUGAAGAGAGAAAAACCUGAAGAAUUCCAGACGCGAGUUAGACGGGGUUCUCAGAAGAAACACAUUUCGCCUGUACAGGCUUUAAGUGAAUUCAAAGCAAUGGAUUCCUUCUAGGACGAUAGGCUUUAAGAAGAAAGCAUUUUCUUUCUUUUUUUCCUUUCAUUUUCUU